CUGCGCUAGUCCCAUACGGUUCAGUCCAUCGCCGACCGUCUUGCAGUCCACACGCGCAUUUUCGAGCUCUCCUACAAUAUACUGACAGCCGAGUAUAAAGACACAGCUAUUUCAUACAAGUGUGUUUGGGUCAUCGUGGUGUGCCACUGCUAUACUAUUAUACAUCGCUCAUUUCUACAGUGCAAUUUUCCGAGUUUGUUGUUUUCUUUUCACGCGGUUAUUAUUACGUGUCUAACUCAAUCGGUCAGUGCAUUCGAUUCCCGACACGCUCGAUCAAACUUGUUGAUUAACCGGCCAUUGCGUCUAAUAGAAAGGAGCUGCCAGCACCGUGGUUUUUGUUUUAUACUUGACUUUUAUUGUUGCAUUGAUUCAAUCAGCGAGAUGACUUCCAUCCGACCGUGUGCGUCCGCACUUGUUUGCGUCCUGCUCAUCCUCCAGCUUCAAGAUGUUCGCGGAAACCCGGCCGUGGAGUCGCAGACAUCUGGAGCUUACACCAUCAUCCCCCAGUUCAGCAGCCCUAGUCAGACCGUCAACAUCAAAAUCGGAGAAACUGCACGUUUACCCUGUGAAGUUCAAAACCUCGGCACUUUUAUGGUUGUGUGGAAGAAAGAGGCGACGCUCAUUUCGGCCGGCAGCACCAAGGUGAUCCGCGACAGUCGCCUCACCGUGGUGGGAACAUCGUUGGACAUCGGCAAAGUAACCAGCAAAGAUUCGGGCAAUUACACCUGCGAGAUCAACACCGACGUCCCUUCUCACGUCAAUAUAGUUCUCAAUGUCCUUGAACCGGCGAAAGUCCGUCGAUUUCCAGAAGAGGGCCGCAUCCAAGCUCGCAAGGGAGAUCCGGUUACUCUGAGAUGCAUUGGCGAAGGUAACCCGCCUCCUUCCAUCAGAUGGAGCAAACCCGGAUAUUACUUCCAAAACGGUGAUGACAAAUUUCAAGGAUCAGUGCUCAGUUUCCAGGCAGUCGGUCGCCAGGACGUCGGUCUUUAUGAGUGCUCGGCUGAUAACGGAGUGAGUGAACCUGCCACGGCAACCAUCGACGUGAAAGUUUUAUAUCCGCCAGAGAUUGAAAUUGAACGAAGCUGGAUUCACACCGGAGUUCACCAGGAGGCCUAUCUCACUUGCAUCGUUCACGCCGAACCGGGAGCCAACGUUUUGUGGUACCGAGAGGAGCGAGUGAUUGUUCCGUCUGACACGCGCAUCCUCGAAUCUUCCAACAACAAACACACUCUCAUUUUGCGCAAUGUCGAGGAAGCCGAUUUCGGACUCUAUUCGUGCACCGCCGAUAAUCUUCUUGGACGGUCCUCUCAGAAUAUUGAACUUUCAGGUCGACCGAGCCGGGCAAUUUUCAAAAGUGAGCCGAUGGGUAACUCGGCCGACUCUUACAAUUUGACAUGGAAAAUCGACAGUUAUGCGCCCAUCGAAGAGUACAAGCUCAUGUUCCGCAAACUGUUUUUCAACGAAACGGACGACCUGAACCGCGUCUGGAAGUCUAUGAUCAUCCCGAUGAACCAGGGAAGUUCUAAUGGGCGUCACCUUCAUCACAAGCAGUCUUACAUGUUCCUCCAGCUCGAAACAGGAUCGAUCUACGAGGCUACCGUGACGGCAAGAAAUCGUUAUGGCACUUCCGAGGCUAGUGAGGCGUUCCAAUUUCACACACUUGGACCUGAAUCUGUGCCGAACGCCAAGAACCUGGAAAUCAAAGACGUCGGAGGAAUCGACAUUGGCUUGAUGGGCAGCGGCAGUAGCAGUCCCGCCUACAGCAAGCGGAUCAAUGGACUCCAAUACUUGAGCUUUGCCCUUUUGGCAGUUUUGGCUACCAAGGCCUUUGUAUCCGUUUAAUUUCAAUUCAAUUUUAUCGGUGUGUCUAUUUUUUUUCCUCCCCCAAUAUUUUUUAAACAAACAAAAAAAAGUAUCUUUUCCUUUCAUCUCGUCGUGAGUUGUGUGAACGUGUGCGUGUUUCACAAGUUGAACAUCCCUUUUACUAUAAAUAUUUAAAUGAACCCCUCAUAAAAAAAAUGAAAUAACAAACAAAAAAAAUUAUCAAAUAAACGAGACGGACGAAGAGCAUCAGAUUGACACGGGAGAGGCGUGUUAGGCAUCAGAUUUUGGUAUCACACAGCAGUCCUUUUAUACAGCAUAUAUAUAUUUAUAUGUUGUAUCAAUACUUCUCGGCGUCCAUAAUAUGUACUACUCGAUAUAACUAAACAAACUACACUCGAUCGUAUCCGAUAUAUAUUUGCAUAGACUGUCUAGCUGUCAUUACGUUAUAUAUAUUAUUCGUCUCAUAUUCCUUCAUUCUUUUUUUUCCAUUUUGUGUUACAUUGCGAGUGUCAUCCUUUCAAAACUGUCGUAUCCUCAUCUUUUUACUAAUAACCCUUCGUCAAGUCUUUAAAAACAAAAAAAAUUCUUUGCUUUUUUUUCCCUCGAUGCCCACACACACAUAUACACCGACGAGAAAAAAUAUACGAAAACUGUCCGAGAGACUUUCCAUUU